CUGAUUUCUUUCACCCAUUAAUGGACACGGAAGACUCAUCUGACUUACAAACCAAAGAAAAUACUGAGAUCUGCGGGAGAGUAUGACAAGCACAUGUUCCUCUCCUGGUUUUGACAAGUACUGAUCCAUAUGAAAGUGGCUUAUAGGGGUGGAAAAGUGAGAUACAACUGAAAAUUGGCUCCAUCAAGCUUAAAACUAUCAGGAAAGAAAUUAUGAGCUCCCCCAUCCAUAGUUCACCAGUCUCCCGUGUGGUGAUCUUUGGCGGUACACAUGGAAAUGAGAUGUCCGGGGUCACUCUGGUUAAACACUGGUUAGGGAAUCCUUCUGAAUUGCAAAGGAAGACAUUUAUGGCUGAAGUAUGCCUUGCAAAUCCCCUUGCUGUGGAAAAAUGUGUGCGGUACAUUGACAGGGACCUAAACCGCUGCUUUUCAAAGGAAGUGCUAUGUUCACCCGAAUCUGAGAGUGAUCCUUAUGAGUUUAAACAAGCAAGAGUAUUGAAUCAGAAAUAUGGCUUUGGAUCAUGUCCAUUUGAUUUUGUUAUCGAUUUACACAACACAACUUCUAACAUGGGUGCCACAUUUUUACGUGCCUCAAAGGAUGACAUCCUGUCCCUGCAUAUGGCAAACUAUUUACAGAGCAGCUGUGGAAAUCAGUCUAUGCCAUGCUACAACUACUUUAUCGAUAUACCAAAGAAGGAUAAUAUUUACCUCCAGAAUAUAGGAAGAGAUGCACUCUGUUUAGAACUUGGACCGCAGCCUCAAGGAGUGACCAGAGCAGAUAUAUUGUCUAGGAUGAGAGAACUAGUGAACCGUUGUCUGGACUUCCUUGACCUGUAUAAUCAAGGUAAGGAGUUUCCAGGUUUUGAAACUGAUAUCUACAGAGUUUUAUCCAGAGUGCAAUAUCCACAAGAUUCUUCUGGAGAAAUUUCAGCUUUCGUCCACAAAGCGCUGCUGGACAAGGAUUAUGCUCCUUUGAAGCCUGGAGAUCCUAUUUUCACAACUAUGAAUGGAGAAGAUUUGCUGUAUGAUGGAGAGGCAGUCGUUUAUCCAACAUUCAUUAAUGAAGCAGCAUAUUACGAGAAAAAUUUAGCUUUUAUGCUGACUGAAAAAGUCAGCUGGAAAGUCCCUGCUUUAAAACUGGAAACUCUAGCAGUCCAUCCUGGAAAUCCAAAAUAAGUGCCUUAGUUUUACUGAAGCGCCAACAAUGCAAUAUUUAGAAACUAUACCAUAUUUAAUAAUCUUGAUGAAGUGCUUUCUUACUGUUCUGCAUUGCUGUAUGCUAAAUAAUUAUAUAUCUUUUCAUUAUUCUCACUCUCAGGAAACUGAAACCUUCUAUGCAGCAUUUAAAUAAUACUUUUGAUGAUUUUCUCUUUUUUUGCCAGUGAUUGCUCUGUGAAUAACUGGCUGUAAAGUCAUGCAGCCCAUUCUAAUUCUGUGAGAUCUUUAAAGGGGUUUUCCAGACUUUUACAGUGAUGAGCUAUCCUCUGCAUAGGUGAUCAGUAUUUAAUAGGUGUAUAACGAAUAUACCGUGGCUCACCCAUAUCCAAAGUAUGGUUUAGGUGCACUGCUUUUUGAUGAUUCACCUAAUCAUCUCAAUAGGAAUGCAAUAUAGA